GGACCAGGAGUUUGCAGAAUCCUCUGCCGAGUGACAGAGUUCAAUUCUUUAAACCAUGGAUGCUGCUCAAGAAAACGCAGACGUACGCCCAGCCAAUGUUGAUGAGAAUGAGCUUGCAAAGCGCGAGCAAGUGGCGAAGUUCCAACACGCUAUCUCGUGUGGGGAUGAGGACUGCAGCCAGCCAAUUUGUUUGAAAAUAAAGGCCUUCAAGGACCACUUUGCUAUUUGCCAACAAAGAUCAAAUUGCCUGCACUGCAAGUUUCUCUUCAAGUUCUUCGGCUACCACGCCCAAAAGUGCACAGAUGAGAAGUGCCAGGUGCCGUUCUGCUUUCGCAUAAAGCAGAAAUUUGCGUUGAAUACAACUUUUUCACGUGUUAAGAGGCAUGGAGCUGUGGAUCUCCUGUAAGUUUUGACGUUU